AUGGACGCUCUUAGGAUCCUGUCUUGCUGUGCUGGGGAUCUCGCCGACUGGUUCGCAUUCAACUGGGUUAGACUUAAUCCUGACAAGAGUGAUUUCUUGUACUUUGCACCUUUCGAUCUUGCUUGUGUGUUGCCUCUGUUUCCGCUACGGAUGAAAAAUCAAGUCUUGAGCACAUCCAACUCAGCAAAGCUUCUUGAAGUGACUCUAGUCAGCGAUCUAUCUAUGGACAGUCAGAUUUCUGCCGUGGUAAAAUCAUCCUACUACCAACUGUAUCGUCUUGUGAAGAUUGGAAAUAAGCUUAAAUCAUCUGCUACAAAAACGAUGGUUCACUCAUUGGUCAUCUCUCGUCUGGAUUAUGCAAAUUCUCUUCUCACGGGUCUGCCGGCCUACAAACUCAAGUCUCUUCAAGCAGUCCAGGAUUCAGCAGCUCGCCUUAUCUACCGCGGCCGGUCAAUCUCGACCGAGGACGCAAGGUACCGCUUGCGCUGGCUCCCAGUUCAGCAAAGGAUCGACUUUAAGAUCCUCUUGAUGGUCUUUGACUGUCUUACGGCCUCGGCACCACUCUACCUCCAAGAGACAAUCAACUUGCACGUCCCGGGCCACACAGGACUUCGAUCCUCUGCUCGGACACUCACUGUUGAUGUUCGUAAGGCUUCUACCAGAAGAUUGUCGAGGAGGGCGAUUCUCAGAGAAGGGAGACGAAGAGCUUACGUAAGACCAUUCGCCACAAAGGGAAAGCUGCUGAUGAGGUCUUUCUCCAACUAUGCCCCGCACACUUGGAAUCGUCUUCCAGCUCUGAUUCGCUCCACAACCAACCGCCCAGUUUUCAAGAAACUUAUUAAGACUCAUCUAUUGUCCUUAGCGUUCCCUUCAUUUUGUAAACAAUGUAAAUCGUAG